CCCCAGAAGAGGAUAUGAAGGACAUCCCAGGCACGGUGGAGGAGGAAGAGGCGGAGGAGUACUGGGACUUGUAUCAAAAUCCUCAAACUUCACAAAAUGCUCCCACUUCCUAGUUGGCUUCAACCCAUAGUGGACUAUCGUUUCCCAUCCAGCAUCUAUACUGACCUGGUCUACGUGGUGUGGCUGUGCUUUGUGAUGAUGGCGUGGAACUGGAACGUGUGGCUGAUCCCUGUGCGCCGGGCCUUCCCCUACCAGACUGCAGACAACAUCUACUGGUGGCUGUUAAUGGACUACACCUGUGACCUUGUUCACAUCAACGACAUCCUGGUCUUUCAGCCCCGCCUGGAGUUUGUACGCAGAGGAGAUAUUGUGAGUGACAGCUACAUGACAACAGAGUGAAUUCAAGAUGGAUUGUAAUCAGUAUGUUCCCCAUGGAGAUAUUUUACAACUUUACUGGAGUUAACUCUCUCCUCAGAUUCCCCCGCCUACUGAAG